AUAAUCCCCGGUAGCAGGAAUAAAUUAUGGCGAUUAUUGCGAUGAAGAACAUCCUGCUGUCAUCUGUACUAUAGACGAUCUUUGUCUCACGACGUCUUGACGUGUCAUCGAAGCAGAAAAGGAAGUUUCUUUCGCAGCGUUUGUAGUUUCAAACUUAGUCCACGCGGAAAUGUGAGGUCUGUUUAUAUCGAUUUAGUAAAUCAUGAGGCGAGUUGGCAGGUCAACAUGCAGUGGAAACGACACUUCACUGGUCUGGCCUUCAUCUUUGUGUUCGUGGUUUCGUAUUUCACUAACAAGUUUGUCCUGUCAGUGUUGAAGUUCACCUAUCCGACUCUGUUUCAAGGAUGGCAGACGUUUGUCGGAGCGUUCCUGCUUCUUCUGUCCGGAAAGCUCGGCUGGGUGGAGAUGACUCGCAUUUCCAGAUCAUCAGUUCUGUCGUGGCUUCCCGGCUCCUUCUUGUUUGUGGGGAACAUAUAUGCUGGAUCCAGAGCUUUAUCUCGCCUGGACAUUCCUUACUUCUUCACACUCCAAAAUUCCUCUCACGUGGUCAGUCAGAUCAUCCGGACGGUCGUGCACAGAGAGAAGAUGCAGCGGCUGCAGACGAUCAGCAUUUUUCUGAUGCUGAUUUCUGCCAUCAACCUUCCUCACUAUGACCCUCAGUUUGAUGUCAGCAGUUACAUGUGGGCCGCUGGUCACCUCUUCUGUGUUGGUGCCUACAGGGUGUUUCAGGUGCACCACAAGUCCAUCAAUUUAAGUGACAUUGAGCAGCAGUGCAUUAACUACCUGUUCAGUGUGCUGUUACUGGCUGUGGCAGCUCACCCAACAGGUGACCUCAAGAGUGCCUUAGAGUUCCCCUCUCUCCAGUCCCACACCUUCCACUGCGGCUGCUGCGCCAGUGCAUUACUAGGGUUUCUGUUGCUGCUUGCAACAGUCAAGUUAAAGACGGGCUCUUCCUGCGAGCUCUUUGCUGUGUGGAUUUUUCUAUCCAAGGUCACUGCCAUGAGUCUCUCGCCGCUUAUUUUCACCAUGGAUGCCAAUGUUCCAUCUGUUGUUUGUGUCAUGGUGAGUCACGCUGGAGAGGCGCUCCUGGUCUACAGUGAAAGAGAAGCGCGGUCUGACCAACACCCCACAAGACACACGCCAUCAUGAGAUUCCUUCCCUGCCUUUCAAAGAUUAACUGUAUAUUAUUAAAUCUAGACAAGUUUUGUGUCCAACAAGACUCCUUCCAUGUGAUAAACAAACUGAAGAGCUUUUCUUUGAGUUUCCAUUUAUUUAGUCUGACAAACGCUCAAUUAAAUAGAUUAAAUAAAAUUUAUAU